UAUGUUUAGCCAUCCCUCUGUGGGCGUGGUCUGUGGGGCCUGCUGCUGAACUGAGCUCUCGUUGCCGUCGUCACGUUCAUUAUCGCUGCAAAAUGGAUCGCGGAUAUUCAUCAGGGUUCUCUGGUUGGUCAGGUUCUGGUGGUGGUGGAUCUUCUAGAGGAUCAAGCGGUUAUGACAUGUACGGUUAUAAGGACUCUAUGUCCAGCGGAGGAGGUUUUGGAGGAGGCGGUUAUGGAGGUAAUGACCGGAUGAAGAGGGGUUUGUCUGGAGCAUCACUGCUCUCCUCAUCGGGGUCUAACGCAGAUGCCGUCAUCGCUAAAAUCAACCAGCGUUUGGACAUGUUGACGCAGCUGGAGGGGGGCAUGAAGGGUUCAAUUCGGGGUGACAGGUUUGACCAAUACGAGUCUUUCGACUCGCGCUCCGCCUCACUCGCCCCCCGAGAUCUCUACAGAUCCAGUAACUUCGGUUACAGUGACUCCCGGGGUGACAUGAUGACCCAGCGAGGAGGCGUGGGCUUUGGGGUUAUGGGUGGUGGUGGCGGGGGCGGCUUUGACAGCGCCGCCUCUGCCUUCGGAUCGGCCAAAAUGCGUCCGACACGAGAUGCCUUCUCGGGCUCCGGCUGGGGGGCGGGGCAGAGAUCCCAGCGCAGGGGCGGAGGGGCCGGUGGGCGUGGCUUCAGCCGCAGGCAAGACUCCUCCGUGGGGGGAGGAAGUGGGCGAGCUGGAGGCCAGGGCCACUCCCCCGCGGGGCGAGGAAAGCUGCCCUCGCUCCUGGCCAAUCGCAUGUACCCCGACACCGGGGCCUUCCAGUCCCAGGACUUCUCUGCCAGGAACUUUGGAGGGGCCCCAAGGGCCAACCGACAGCGCGGCCGCAAGAGACCCCUCAACAGACAGCAACAGACGAGACCUCAGCGUGAAGGUCAGAAGAAGAGAAAACAGACUCUGGGAGCAGCGGACGAGCCCGAGUCAAAGAUGGGCAAAACCGACAUGGCGGGAGUCAAAGCAGCCAACGAGGCCACAGGCAGGAAACAUGCGCAGGAAUCUGAGAAGAAGACCGCUCCUGCUGAAUCUAAACCGGCUGACAGUGGAGAAAGUUCUGCUCCGUCCAAUCAGGAAGAGAGUUCCCAUUCCAAAUCAAAGGGGAAACCGACUCCUUCCCCUUCAUCCAAAAUCAGAAAGAGAAGGGGUUUCUUUGAGAGGUCAGGGGUCAAAGUCUCAGCUCACCGGGUGGCGUUCGCUUGCUCCGUCUGUAAGUUCCGCUCCUUCUACAGCGAGGACAUGGCCACCCAUCUGGAGAGCAAAUUCCACAAAGAUCACUUCAAGUUUUUGGCCGGUCAGCUGUCUAAACCCACCACUGACUUUCUGCAGGAGUAUUUGAACAAUAAGUAUAAGAAGACUGAGCAAAGGGUCAGUCAGAUGGAGAAUCACAGCGCCACCAUCUGUCAGGUGUUCAGAGAGCAGGACCUGACACGAGAUAUCGGUAUGGAGCACUUCAUGAAGAAGGUGGAGGCAGCUCACUGUGCGGCGUGUGACGUUUUCAUUCCCAUGCAGUACCCCCUGAUUCAGAAGCACCUUAAAUCACAUGACCACAACUAUAACCGCAAGGGUAUGAUGGAGCAGUCGAAGAGGGCCAGUCUGUCCGUAGCUCGCAGCAUCCUCAACCACAAGGUCAUCGGAAAGAAACUAGAGAGCUACCUGAAGGGUGAAAACCCGUUCAUUGGUAACCAGGAUGACAAUGACCCCGAGGAUUCCAUGAUGGAGAUGUCCGAAUCUGACCUCACUACUGAAAGCCUGAAUGAGGUGAAGCUGGAAGAGGCGGAGCGUGCAGAAGAAGAGGCGGAGCGUGCAGAAGAAGAGGCGGAGCGUGCAGAAGAAGAGGCGGAGCGUGCAGAAGAAGAGGCGGAGCGUGCAGAAGAAGAGGCGGAGCGUGCAGAAGAAGAGGCGGAGCGUGCAGAAGAAGAGGCGGAGCGUGCAGAAGAGGCAGAGCCUGAGGAGGGGGAGGAGGGGACUGAAGAGGAAGAGGGUCAACCUGCAACCGAAGCUGUCGGGAAUGGUGAGGGGCAUGAGGAGGAACAGAAGAUGGACAUGCGUGAAGCAGGAGAGGAGGAGGGUGUGGAGGUGGGUGAGGAGGAGGAGGGGACCGCCACUGAGCUCAAUGACAUCGGAGGAGAAGCGACUGGAGACUCUGCAGCCGCUGAGUAACUUUAUGAAGCUGCUGUUGAUCUGGUAUCGAGUAGUCAAUUUAAAAUCUUCAGCUUUUGGACCAAUCAGACUAAAGCUUAUUUUUAGCCAAUCACAGGCUUGCCCUCCUUGUGCAGUUCAUGAUCCUUUCGUCUGUGGAAUGAUUCAUUUCAUCUUUCAUGUGUGAUGUUUGAAAGCAGGUUUGCGUCUGUGUCGUUGCCAGAUUCACAGGAUUUGAAUUCCUGCUUUCAUUCUUUAUCAUUAUUCCUUUGUAUUUAAUUUUUUUGCGUUUGGAAUAGAAAUGAGAUUAUUGUAUGAUUUUUAAAUUUGCCAUGCAUAUUCUCUGGUGUCAACAAAAUAAACCUUUUGUGACGUUA